CCGUACCGCGCCUGCGCGCCCAGCCCCACUGCUUCGACCUCUGCCGCCGCUGUCGCCGCCGCCGCCGCCGCCUCGGGAGGUAAGCGGAGAGAGGAAGCGGGAGAGGAGCCCAGGUCGCCUGUCACCCACAUCCACGCCGCGCCGCCAGGAGGAAAGAUGUUCGCCUGCGCCAAGCUCGCCCGCACCCCCGCUCUGAUCCGAGCUGGAUCCAGAGUUGCAUAUAGACCCAUUUCUGCAUCAGUGUUAUCUCGACCCGAGACUAGGACUGGAGAGGGCUCUACGGUAUUUAAUGGGGCCCAGAAUGGUAUGUGUCAGCUGAUCCGAAGGGAGUUUCAGACCAGUGUAAUCAGCAGAGAUAUUGACACUGCUGCCAAAUUCAUUGGUGCUGGUGCUGCAACAGUAGGAGUUGCUGGUUCUGGUGCUGGGAUUGGAACAGUCUUUGGCAGCCUUAUCAUUGGUUAUGCCAGAAACCCUUCACUGAAGCAGCAGCUGUUCUCGUACGCCAUCCUGGGGUUUGCCUUGUCUGAAGCUAUGGGUCUCUUUUGUUUGAUGGUUGCUUUCUUGAUCUUGUUUGCCAUGUAACAGAAAUUACUGCCUGAAAUGUUGGCAUUCAUAGUAAUUACGGAUGUAAUUCUGUGCAUCUGAGUGUGACUCCAAAAACAGUGCUGGUGUCAUGGAAAUGUACGUUAUUUCCAGAGUCAUUUCAUUAAAGAUGAAAACUUUAA